AUGGUAUUUUCGGAAACGUUGCGCGCUUAUCGUAUCCGACGGAUUGAAGACAUCGGCAAAAUGACAGCAAUGAAUCAGGACGAGAUCAUCGCAAAUACAAAGACCGUCAUCCAGGUAGGCUCAGAAACAACUAAAAACGAACACAAUUCCAUCCUCGACGGCCUUGCCACCGUUCAAGAUGCGAACAAUUCGGUUGUUGACGAGAAGGUUACGUUUCUCCGACGGAGUUUGGAAUCAUUGGAGCUUGGCCUCGGUGAGGCGCAAGUCAUCAUGGCACUCGCCGCUCAUAUACAGCAGGUCGAGGCAGAGAAACAGAAGUUGAGGGCACAGGUCCGGCGGUUGUGUCAGGAGAACGCGUGGCUAAGGGACGAACUCGCAAAUACCCAACAGAAACUGCAGAGCUCUGAGCAAGUCGUUGCGCAACUAGAAGAAGAAAAGAAACAUUUGGAAUUCAUGAACUCCUUGAAAAAGUAUGAUGGCGAUUCGAAGGACGGUGAUAUGAUGAGUGCCUCGACCACUGGGGAUUCGAUGGGCGCGAACGGCGGCUGCCCUAACAAUAAUGAGGGCGGAUCAACGCCUUCAGGGGGCAUGUCAAAAAGCGUUUCCGACAUCGAUCUCGGAUUUCCCGAAGAAGACGAAACUCAGGAUCAGCAACAGGCCCAGCAGCAGAUCUCGGGCUACGAAAUUCCGGCGCGUUUGAAGACGCUGCACAAUCUCGUCAUUCAAUACGCAUCACAGGGCAGGUACGAAGUAGCGGUUCCGCUCUGCAAGCAAGCCUUGGACGACCUGAGAAAAACGUCGGGUCGCAAUCACCCCGACGUGGCCACAAUGCUGAACAUUCUCGCUUUAGUCUACCGAGAUCAGAACAAGUAUCGAGAUGCCGCCAAUCUGCUCAACGAUGCUUUAGAAAUCCGAGAAAAGACACUCGGUGAGAACCAUCCCGCCGUAGCAGCUACGCUCAACAAUCUGGCGGUGCUCUACGGUAAACGGGGCAAAUACCGUGAGGCCGAACCACUCUGUAUACGGGCGCUCCAGAUCCGGGAAAGAGUUUUAGGCCGCGAUCAUCCCGACGUCGCGAAACAGUUGAACAAUUUAGCUCUGCUGUGUCAGAACCAGUCGAAGUACGAUGAAGUCGAACAGUACUACCAGAGAGCUCUACAAAUCUACGAGACAGCGCUCGGACCCGAUGAUCCGAAUGUUGCCAAGACGAAAAAUAAUCUGGCGUCCGCUUACCUCAAACAAGGGAAAUACAAGGAAGCCGAGUUACUCUACAAACAGGUGUUGACGAAGGCCCACGAACGACGCUUCGGUCCCACUGACCCCAAGAACAAGCCCAUAUGGCAAUUAGCCGAAGAAAGAGAACUCAACAAAGAUAUGGGAGGAAUCGCGGCACCCACCGAACCUCAAUACAAAGCCACCGUCGACAACGCAACCGUCGCAACGACCUUGAAGAAUCUCGGCGCCAUCUACCGUAAGCAGGGCAAGUUCGAAGCGGCAGAGACAUUGGAAGACGUCGUGCUCCGCGCGCGGAAAGAGGAACAAGUUCGUAAUCUCAAUCGGCGGAGACGGGGAAGUCGUGAAGGAGUUAAUGAACCUCAAUGAGCAUCGAUUGAUGUGACGGGGGAAGCUUUCAUAUUCAUAAAAAAAGUUCGAUAACAAACAAAAACAGGAAGAUUAACAAAAUGGUAGAGUGAUAGAUCAGGAGGGAGGACAG